GGGGUAAAUCCUAUUUGACGGGGGCGAUCGUGUCCUUUUGACAGUCGACGCAGACGCACGUUAAAACCAAAAUACCGUCAUCAGUCUGUCUGCAUUUCUGUGAACUUGUUUUUUUUUCUUUGGCCGACCGAAUCGUUAAUGAAAAUGACAUUAGUGUCCCGUGACAUGUGUCGUCCAACUGUUCAACAGGGGCCCCAGACAUUUGGCCAGGUGACGAUUUGAAAGUUGUUGGGGGCUCAGCUCGACUCUGCAAACGUUUGAAUAUUUUAUUCACAUCAUCAUCGGCCCCCACAAACAGUCGCCUACAAACUCUCGAGUGAAAAAUAACACACAUAGAGAAAAGGCUUGAUAUUCUUUUCUUUGACAAGUGGUUCGGCGUGAACUUCGUCUGUGUGUUUAAGCAGCUCUCACACCUGUUAUGAUUGUGUGCGUCGUGUUGGCCAACUCGACAUUGUCAUCGUUUUUAGUGAGGGGGUGUCCUUCGUAGGCAGUGAACGUGUUGGGCAACGAAAAGAAGAAUUCCUUUGCCUUUCGAGUGUUGGUGUGGGGGGGUUUGACCGGUUCGUAGGCAGCAACUGUUGGUCAAGUGGUAGCUUCUUUUUCUUCCAGUGUGGGUUGUUUUAGAAGAAGGAAAGCCCUGGGGUUAGUGUGUGUGGCCAACAACAACCUGUUUCUCUCACUUCGCCCCCAACAUUUCAACAUUUUUAGUGUGUCCAUUCUCAUUUUCCCAUUUUUUCCCUCGGUGGUUUCUUCCGCCAACAGAUGGCGCGCAAGUGGCGAUUUUUUGACAGCGUCGUCGUCGGCAAAUCUUGACGUGCUGCAGGCCCAGGCCGCAUUGCUUGGGUUGGGUGUUGUUGCGUGUGUGGGUUAUAUAGCUGCUGCGAGUUCUCGGCAACGUUUAACGGAGCAGGUUGCCACCGGCCGUCUCCAGUUGGUGAUCGGACCGCGUCGAGACUAGAAGUAGUAGCCGCAGUGCCUCUUUUUUUGUUGCAGUCCCCACCACCACCACCAACCAACCACCACUUGUUGUGCGUUGGAUUUUUUUGAAAUUUUUUUUUAUUUACAAAAGUGUGACUGUGUGUUGUUGGUUGGUUGUGUGCCACGACGACUUGUUGGCACAUUUCCCCAUCCUGCGACAAGAAACUCUUUUUGGUUUUCUCUCCCAUCAAUUCAAUCGAAUCGAUUUCGUCCAAUUGCGAAAACAUUAAAGAGUUGUGUGUUGGUGGUAGUUUGGGGUCAUUGUUUCUCGCUGAAUUGGGCCCCGCGGCCUUUUAUUGUCGACACUCGGCCAUGGCGUCUUGAAGCCGAGAAGCCGAGAAGGAGAAACUUUGUGUGUUUGUGUGGCUGCUGGUUGUUCUUGUGUGGCACCAGAUUGGUCUGCCUCCAUCGCCGUAUCGCCUUUUUUUUUUCCGGAGAGAUAAAAAGGAGAGGCUGAAACACAACAACAAAAAAAUUACGAAACGAUCAUGACGACCCAGUCCUACUACAAGGACCGGCUGGGCUUUGACCCCAACGAUCCCAGAGAAAUGUCCAGUCUGGAUCCGACUCUGCACGGCUACGAAGAAAAUCUGUCCAAAUUCAAAGAUGAACGUGAUGCCAUCCAGAAAAAGACGUUCACCAAAUGGGUCAACAAACACCUCAGAAAGAUUGGGCGACGCGUGGACGACCUCUUCGAAGACCUUCGUGACGGACACAACCUCGUCUCGCUCCUGGAAGUCCUUUCUGGCGAUCACUUGCCCCGUGAAAGAGGUCAGAUGCGCUUCCACAUGUUGCAGAACGUCCAGACGUCGCUCGAUUAUCUCCGCUAUCGCAAGAUCAAGCUGGUCAACAUCCGAGCCGAAGAUAUCGUCGACAGCAACCCGAAGCUGACCCUGGGUUUAAUAUGGACCAUCAUUCUCCACUUCCAGAUAUCGGACAUCAUGGUGGGCCAGGAUGAAUCAUUGACGGCCCGUGAAGCCCUUUUGCGAUGGGCUCAGCGCACCACGGCCAAGUACCCGGGUGUCCGCGUCAAGGAUUUCACCUCCUCCUGGAAGGACGGCCUGGCUUUCAACGCCAUCAUCCAUCGCAACAGACCUGAUUUGGUGGAUUGGCGCUCGUUGAAGAAUCGCGGCAUCCGCGACCGGCUGGAAUCCGCCUUUAACAUUGUGGAACGCGAGUACGGCGUGACACGACUUCUCGAUCCCGAAGAUGUCGAUACCCCCGAACCGGAUGAGAAGUCGUUGAUUACCUACAUCUCGUCGCUCUACGAUGUUUUCCCUAAUCCGCCGGCCUUACACCCACUUUACGAUCCGGAGACGCAGCGAAAAUACAGCGACUACCGAGAAUUGUCCAGCUCGCUGCACGUUUGGAUCCGUGAGAGCACGCUGUUGAUGCAAGAUCGCAAUUUCCCCAACACGCUCAUCGAGGUCAAGAAGUUGGCCCUGGAGUCGAACCGAUUCCGGACGGAUGAGGUACCGCCACGCCUUAGAGAGAAGCAGCACAUCACCCGACUUUACAAGGACAUUGAGAAAUUUUUGGAAGAGACGGAAGAGAAAUUGGAGCCCGAACUGCGGCCCGACGUGCUGGAACGCAACUGGAACCAGCUGUUGCUGCUGCACCAGGAACGCGAUGCGGCCAUUCACAAGGAGAUGGAACGACUGGAGCGACUCCAGCGGAUUGCCGAGAAGGUGCACCGCGAAGCCAAGCAGUCGGAUGUCCGGCUGGAUGACAUUGAAGCUCGGAUUGAUGAAGAAGCCAAACGGCUGGAUCGGCUCCAUCCGCGGGACGCCAUGAAGAACUGCGAAGUUCUCAACUCUGAACUGGCUUCGAUCGAGGAGGCCAUCAAGAACAUGUUUUCGGAUGUCCAGAUCCUGAAAGAAGGCCGCUACAACCAGACGGCCGACCUGCACAAGCGUGUCCAGCGAAUUCACCAGCGCUGGCAGUCGAUUCGUGCCGUGUUCCAGACGCGAUUGCUCGAAGUGUUGCCUUCCUUGACGUCGCCGGAUGCCAGCCGAUCCUCGCGCUCCUCCCUGGAAGCCCGUCUCUUUGAGACCAACGAGCAGUUCCGCUUCCUUCGCGAAUGCUCGGAAUGGGUCCGGUCCAAAUUGACGCAAAUGGAGAAAGCCGCUUACGGUAGCGACUUGCCCAGCGUUCAAAUCGAACUCGAGUCGCAUUUGAAGGAACACAAAUCUGUUGAUAAAUUCCAAAGCAACGUCGAAAAGUGCAUAUCGAAUAAGAACAAAUUCCAAGGCGAGGAGUCGGCCAUUUACGUCCAUCACGUGACGAUUCUGCAAAAGUCUUACACGGAGCUGACGAUGACGAGCAAGAAACGUCUGGCGGACCUGGAAAUGCUUCAGGAUUUCAUCCAGUCGGCCACGACUGAGCUCAUCUGGCUCAACGAGAAGGAGGAGAUAGAGAUAUCGCGCGACUGGUCCUCCAAGUCGCUCAACGUUACCGAAAUUGAACGUUACUACGAGGCGUUGAUGAGCGAGUUGGAGAAGCGCGAAAUUCAAGUGAGCGCCGUCCAGGAUCGCGGCGAGGCCCUUGUGCUGCAGCACCAUCCGGCCUCCAAGUGCGUCGAGGCUUACAUGACGGCUCUAUCGACUCAAUGGAAAUGGCUCCUGCAGCUGACACUCUGCCUGGAGACGCACCUGCGCCAUGCGGCCGUCUACCACAACUUCUUCACCGAAGUCCAAAAAUGCGAACAAUGGUGCAUUAUACAAGACCAGCUGUUGAACAGCACCUACAGCCAGAGUGAAUUCACGUUGGACGAAGGUGAAAAGCUCUUGAAGGAGAUGCAGGACCUUCGCGAAGAUUUGAGCCAUUACAGCAGCGUCGUUGAGGCACUUUACGAGCGCAGCCGGGAAGUCGUUCCACUCAAACAGCGGAGAUCGUCGCUGCGACAGCCCAUCGCCGUCACGUCCAUUUGCAUCUACAAGCAAGUCGAGGUCAGUAUCGGCAAGGACGAGGUGUGUAAAUUGGUCAACAACUCGUCGAAAACCAAAUGGAAGGUCGUCACCAGCAACGGGGUCGAAUGUCAAGUGCCCAGCGUGUGUCUCCUGAUCCCGCCACCGGACCCAGAAGCCGCCGAAGCGGCCGACCGUCUCAAACGCCAGUACGACCGGUGCGAGGCCCUUUGGCUCAAGAAACAAAUGCGGAUGAGCCAAAACAUGAUUUUCGCCACCAUCAAAGUGGUCAAGAGCUGGGAUUUGUCCCAGUUUAUGGCCAUGGGCAAGGAUCAACGUGAUGCCAUCCGCAAGGCGCUGAACGAAGACGCCGAAAAGCUCCUUCAGCAAGGCGAUCCCAACGAUCCGCAAUUGCGACGACUCCAGCGAGAGAUUGACGAAGUCAACCAGCUCUUUGACGAAUUCGAGAGACGCGCGGCUAUGGGCAACCGGCCGGAAUUGAGCCAGCGGGCCAUCGGCGACCAGCUGACGACUUUGUUGGUUCAGUUGGAAGAAUCUGAGCGGACGCUGACGAGCCGCAUCACGGCGCCUUUGCCGCGCGACUUGGAUCAACUCGAACAGCUCGUCGUCGAACACAAACAUUUCGAGACGGAAUUGCAAUCGCUCCAGCCCGAACUCGAAUCGGCCAAGGAGAACGUGGAAGCCUGUCCGCGCAAGACGCCGUCCAUGCAAACCAAAUUGGACACUUGCAUCACCAAAUGGAACAUGAUCUGGCAAAACUCGAAUUUGUACAUCGAGAGGCUCAAGGGCACGGAAAUUGUCCUUAACGGCCUGGACGAGUCGACCAAAUUCGUGUCUCGCCUGGAAAUUCAACUGGCUUCUUGCGAGAAUAUGCCGGCCGAGCCGGAAGCGCUUCGAAAGGUCCACGACGACCUGGUGGACAUGCAGUCGAACAUCCAAAUGCAACAGGGUGUCAUCGACCAGCUGGCCGAGGAAGCCGGAACUGUCCGCCAAUUGGUGAUCAGGUCGCGCAGCUCAGUCAACGCCACCAUCCGCAAACAUCCGGACGUCGACCGGCUGGAAGCCGAAGUCAAGACGAUCAUCACCCGCUGGAGCAACAUCUGCACCCAAGUUGUCGAACGGCUGCAGAGCUGCGAGACGACAUUCGAACACUUGGAGCGAUACUCUGCCAUGUCGCAAGUCAAUCAUACUUGGAUCGACGCCACGAGCGAGACGGUCAGCAAAUUGCCGCCCGUGGAGAACGGGGUCCAGGCCAAGGACCAGCUGGAUAGCACAGCGAAACUCUACAACGGCGUGGCAGCCAAGAAACCGUCGCUAGAUGAGGCCAACAUCCUCGGCGCUCGACUUAUCCGCGAGGCAAAGAUCUACGACAUCCGUCUCAAGAGCUACCGCACGGCUCUAGAGGAAUUCCAGCCGAGCUGGGACGGCAUUGUUCAGACUCGACGCGGGCCGAGAGGUCCGGCCACGGCGGCCGAGUACGUGGCACGCGAUUUGGACGAUCUCAACGGCCACUACGAAGAGCUGGUCGAUGCCCUGCAGCGUCGCUUGCAGCUCCUCUGCGACAUGGCCCAGCAGGAACUCGACGAAUUUGAGUUCGAUGUUGGAUGUCUUGCGGAGAGGCCCGUGGUGCACACGUACCUGAACGAGUUGCACCUGUGCAGCAACAGCAGCGAUAACGACGAAAGCCACGACGACGGAGACAUGCCUUCCAUUCCUUAUUCGCCCAAGACGUCAAUGUCGUCCAGCCCCCCGCGCCGAUCCUCCAUCACGACUGUCUACAUCGACUCUGAGCAGCAAAUGAGCACUCGGGUGUCGACGACGACGCUGAUGCAGCAGCGGCGGGACAGCGGCAACAACGGCCGGAUGUCGGCCGAAUCGGGGCGACGUCUCUCCCAGUCCAUUGUCACGUCCUCCACCUCCUCCAUGUCCUCUGCCACAGCCUCUUCCACUUGUCUGACGCAAAGCUUGUCCAGCACCCCUCACUUUGCCAACCGCAAAACUGGCCAGCAGCUGACCCUGAUGGAGGCCAUCCAGACGGGCCUGCUGGACGUGCAGCGCGGCGCUUACAUGGAUCCGGUGACGGGCAAUGUCCUGACGCUGUCGGAAGCGGCCAGCCAGGGGCUGGUGGACCCGACGGCCGCCUCGGCCCUCACCCAGCCCUCGCUAGGAUUGAAAGACCCGCGCACGGGUCAGGGCAUCUCCCUGAUGCAGGCCAUCCAGCUGGGCCUCUACGACGCGGGCCGCGGCGGGUUCGUCCACCCGCAGACGCGCGAGCCCGUUUCGGCCGAGGAGGCGCUCCUGAUGGGCCUCCUCCUCAGAGACAAGCAAGCCAUGGAGGAAAGGUACAAGCUAUGCGAUGAUGGUAUGGCUCGUCUCCUCGUCUGGAUUUCCAACGUUGAAGCCCAACUGGCCAACCAAGAUACUGUCCGUGAAGAUGUGGCUGAAUUGAAGAAUCAAAUUAACGUUAUCCGAGGCGUCCGCGAUGAUUUGGAAUCGCAUUCCCGCCCGGUCAACGCCUGUUUAGAUCAGGUGCGGCAAAUCGUCAGCCAAGGUGGUGAAUUCCUCUCGGCCGAUGAGAUCAACACCCUGGAAGCUAAAGGUCAGGAACUGAAGAAACGUUAUGACAACGGAACCGACCAGACCGAAAAGUUGCUCCGCAAGGUGUCGAUUGCGCUGGACGAACUGCACAAAUUCCGCACGGAAAUCACCAAUUUCAAGACGUGGAUGGUUAAAUCUAAUAAAUUGGCCGAAGAAAAAGAGCGCCAACUGGCCAACCUUAGCCGAGUGCAGGCAAAUGCGGAAACGACAAGAGAAUUCGUCAGUGAUGUCAUCGCACACCAGGCGGAUCUGCGCUUCAUUACCAUGGCCGCCCAAAAGUUUGUCGAUGAAUCAAUGGAAUAUCUCGUCGUCCUCAACGACUUCCGCGAUCGUUUACCACAGAGAUUGAGACGCAUUGAACCCUCUGAACUGUUGGUCAAGGCCGAAGUGGUGGAAGUCACCGAGGACUAUCAGACAUUGAUGAAGCGAGCCAACAAGUUGUCCGACAAGAUGAGCGACAUUAACAGCAAGCAUAAGGAUUACCAGGACAUUGUGACCAAAGCCAAAGCCUGGCUGAAAGAAGUCGAACCAAAAGCCACGAAAAUCGUUAACGAGCCACUCGGAGCCGAACCCAAAAUGGUCGAGGAUCAACUUGGCCGUGCCAAAGCCCUCAAUAAUGACGUUGUUGCCAACGAACGACUGGUUAAUCACACCGUUCAGGCGGCGGCUAGUUUGUUGACGGCCCUAGAUGGCGACGUUUCUGAGGUUGAAAAAAGCAACCUUCAAAGCGUUCCUGCUGAUAUCCAAGAACGCUACAAGAAGUUACUGGAUGCCUUGGCUGACAAAUGCCAAUUCUUGGACAAUGCGCUCGUGCAGAGCCAAGGAGUUCAAGAAGCUUUGGAUUCGCUUGCCAACUGGCUCAGCCAGGCUGAAAAUCAGCUCAAGACUAUGACACGGCCAACCAGUUUGAAUAAAGAUCGACUGGAUGAACAGCUCCGAGAACAUCGGGUGUUGGUAGCUGACAUUGAAAGCCACCGCCCCAGUUUCGAGAGUAUUAACGAAGCUGCAGCUGCUCUUAUCGCAAAUCCGGAUAACGCCCGUGUGGCUCGCAAGAUUGAAGCUAAAAUGAAAGACAUGAACUCGAGGUACGAGAAACUUCAAGAUAAGGUGUACAAGAGAGGAUAUGUGUUGGAAGAAAUCGCCAAGUCGUUGGAUAGUUUCAUCAACUCGGUCUCCCAGUUCGACGACUGGUACCAACAAGUCUGGGAAAUCCUUGACUCUUCUGAUCAGGAAGAAGCCGAUCAACUCGGUGCAAGGAUCGAAGAUAUUUCUCGCCAAAAAGAUCAACGCAGAGAAGACUUCGACAACAUGCUCCAGAAUGGCAGGACUUUGGUCGUCAAGAAAGACAUCGCCGACGCUACUCCUAUUCGAGAAAAAAUCAAAACAUUGGAAAUGCAAUGGAAGGAUUUGUCGACAGUCAUUGAUCAAAGUCUCAAGGACGGCAAGGCCAGAACUGAUCAGCUCAACACCUACGAGAAACUGCGCGAUCAAGUUCUCGAGUGGUUGACCAAAAACGAAGCUCGAGUCGACACCCUGGAACCCGUUGCAGUGGAUGCAGACAUCCUCAAGCGACAAACGGAUGAACUUCGACCAAUCAUGAAAGAAUUCCGCGACUACGAGACCACCAUUAGCCGCGUAGCUGAUUUGGGUUACGCUUACGAAAACAUGACUCGACUCGUAGGAGACGGUUCCCGCAAAUCGAGUAUCGCGUCACCUUCGAAGCGAGCUUCCAUUACGACUCUGCGCCGUUCGUCACAAGAUGUGCGCCGCCCAUCGCAGGACUUGCGCCGUCAGUCGCAAGACUUGCGAAGUCCGUCACCGAUUAAAGUAGGUAUGGGGGCGUUACCUAUCAACCAGCUGAUCAGCAGCGUCGCGUCCAGCGGCUUCAAUAGUCGAAGAUCUUCACAAGACUUUUACGGCUCGGAAGACUCUUCCGUCGUGGAAAAGCAAAUCAAGGACAUUAACGAUCGCUACAGCCAGCUCCUCUCAAAGGUCAAUGACCGAAAAGCGGAAUUGGAAUUGAUGACUGAAGAAGCCAAGAAGCACACAGACGCGCUUCGAACGCUGGUCGCCUUCCUGGAUAAGGUCGAACGGCAGUUACCUCGCGAUUCGGCCGUUCCUCAAACGAGGGACGACGCCGAGAAGCAGUUGAGAAGUGUCAAGAAUGUAUUGGAGGAUAUGUAUGACAAACAACCACAACUUGAUACCCUCAAGACUCAGGUGUCUGAACUACUUCGGAGGAAGAGCGGUGUCCCUGGCGCAGAUGCUCUACAAGAUCAGAUGAUGUCUGUCUCUGGUCGUUGGAAGGACCUGCAGGAUCGUUGCAAAGCUCGCUCUAAAUUUUUGGAAGACGUCAAAGAUUUCCACGAUACUCACGACCAGUUAUCGGCUUGGCUUACAGCCAAAGAUCGCAUGAUGUCUGUCCUGGGUCCGAUUUCCUCCGACCCACGUUUAGUUCACCAUCAGCUCCAGCAAGUUCAAGUCUUGCGUGAGGAGUUCAAGGCACACGAGCCGCAGGUUCAGCAUUUGGAACGCUUGGCAGAUUCAAUUUUGGAGAUUGCCGAACCCAAUUCGAACGAUGGACGCAAAGUUAACGACAAAGUGGUUUCGAUCUCCGCCAAAUGGUCGGAUUUGAUUGGUCGUCUCGAGGAACGCAAGCAAAACUUGGACGCCGCAUCAGGCACGAGUCGCCAGUUCUACGCCAGCCUAGGCCAGCUACAGGAUGCUCUGCAAAAGAUUUCUGAUAAUCUGGAGGAGUUGGCCGUCGAAAAUGUCUACCCAGAAGAGAUACUUAAACAUCUGGAAGACCUCCAAGACCAACUAGAGGGUCAGCGGCCAUUGAUUGCUGGUCUGGAAACCGUCGGCGAACAAUUGUGUGCAGUUUUGAGCGAUGCCUCAUCUAAAGCGGAGGUCGCCCAGAAACUCAGCCAAAUUGACAAAAUGCAUGCCCAACUCCAAAAGAAAUUGGACAACCGUCGUGCGGAACUCGAGAAUCUUUUGAAAGACAAUCGGGAAUUCGAAGAUCAAUGUGGGCAGCUGCAAGAAUGGUUGGGCGAUUGUGCCCGUCUACUAGUUGACGCAUUACAGGUUUCCGCAGAUCGCGAUAUUUUGCGUCGUCAAUUGCAAGAUAACGAGCCAGCCUACAAAGAUGUGAUGGACAAGGAGCAUGAAGUCAUCAUGAUGUUAGACAAAGGUCAAGAGUUGGCAAACCAGUCGCCAAACAAAAACGACGCCAAGGCUUUCAACAAGUUGUUGGAGAGAAUCCGUGGAGACUGGAACAAAGUCCGCCAAGAGACUGUCAGUCGCCACCGCCGAUUGCAGACUUGCAUGGAACUCUGUCGUAAAUAUGAUGGAUCCCAAGAAACGUUCAUUCCAUGGCUUGACCAAGCUGAAGAGAAACUCAAUCAGAUGCAACCAGUUGCCUUCAAGAAAAGCGACUUGGACGCACAAGUUAAAGAGCUGCAAUCCUUCCGCAAUGAUAUGUCCAGACACAGCGCCACAUUUGAGACGAAUAAGUCUCUCGGAGAAUCUUUCCUGUCGGCAUGCGACAUUGACAAAGACGGUGUCAAGAGCGAGCUGACAACCACCAAGCAACGUUGGGAUCAAAUUAAUGCUGCCGUCCUGGAACGUUCUCAAUCACUGGAGGAUAUUGCUCAGCGAUUGGCUGAGUUCAUCGAACUCUUGCGCGAUUCGCAACAUGCCAUGCAACGUUGUGAGGAUCGACUUUCUUCUCAUGACGCCUUGGGAGCUGCAGCCCGCGAUUCCAGAUUGCUGGAUCGCAUCCGAACACUCCUGGAUGAAGCCGUUCUUCUCGAAAAGGGGGUAGACCGUGUUCAGCAGUACGCCUCUGGAUUAGUGGCUGAUGCUGCUAGCCAUGAAUCUAACGCUAGCCAUAUUCAAGACCAGGCUGACGAUCUCGCCAGACGUUAUUCUGAAUUACGAGCCCAGCUUGAGGACCGUUGCAAUAUGCUGGAGACAGCCUCUGUUGCUGUCUUGCAGUUUAAUGAACAUGUCAAGGCGGUCUUAGGUGAUUUAUCCACUCUGGAAAGCGAGUUGGAUUCAAUGGCACCAGCUGGAAGAGAUUUAGAUACAUUGAACAAUCAACUCGAUCAGACAAAUCACUUUUUGGCCAAACUUGAAGCCCGCCAGGCUGAAGUUGAAGCAAUUGCUACCGACGGCCAGAGCUUGGUAUCGGAGGGACACGCCCCCGACGCACAAGGUUUACGCGAUCAAUUAGAUUCCCUUCGCAAGCAAACGUCACGUUUGGAGGAUCGCGGAAAGAAUCGGCUAGACGAACUCGAGAAAACGCUUAUUCGAGUUGAGAGCUUCUACGACUUAUACAGCAACAUCAUGCAACAUAUUGACGAGGCUUCGAACGAAGAACGAGCUUUUAAACCCAUCGUUGGUGACGUUGAAUUGGUUCGUCAGCAACAAGAAGAAUUUCGCAGCUUUAAGCAGGAACUUAUCAUUCCUCUCGGUCAAAAUGUGGAAGAAGCUAAUCGUGGCGGCCAAGGUUUAGUCCAGUCGGCCGCAAAUGGUGUAUCAACGACAGCCCUUGAAUCUGAUCUGGAAAAGAUGAAUGAUCGUUGGAACAAUCUGAAAGAGAAACUCAAUGACCGCGAACGUAGACUUGACGUUGCAUUCUUACAAUCCGGAAAGUUCCAGGAAGCUUUACAGGGCUUAUCGAAAUGGCUCUCUGACACUGAAGAAAUGGUUGCCAACCAGAAGCCUCCAUCAGCAGAUUAUAAGGUCGUCAAGGCUCAAUUACAAGAGCAGAAAUUCUUGAAGAAACUGCUGUUGGAUCGUCAGCAAUCGAUGUCUUCGCUGCUGGAUAUGGGUCAGGAUAUAGCAAAUCAUGCUCACCCUGAAGAGCAGGCUGAAAUUGAAGAACAACUCCAGGAAUUGGUGGCCCGUUUUGACGCCUUGACCAAUGGUGCAGACGACCGAAUGGACGCCCUUGAGAAAGCGAUGGCUGUAGCCAAGGAAUUCCAAGAUAAGUUCUCCCCAAUUGCUGACUGGUUGGAGAAGAUGGAACGAAAAAUCAAAGAAAUGGAGAUUGUUCCUACCGAUGAAGAGAAGAUCCAGCAACGCAUUGAGGAACACGACCUGCUUCAUGAUGACAUUCUCAGCAAAAAGCCAGCUUUCGAUGGUCUGACUGAUAUUGCCACAAAUUUGAUGUCAUUGGUAGGAGAAGAAGAGGCUGGUGUCCUGGCAGAUCGUCUGACAGAACUGACCGAUCGCUACGGCGCCUUGGUGGAGAACUCUGAAGCCCUUGGUCGGCUACUGAGCGAUGCCAAGAGCGGUUUGAGACACUUGGUUCUAUCGUACGAGGACUUGUUGGCCUGGAUGGAAAGUAUGGAGUCCAAGUUAUUCAAGUACCGUAUUCUAUCGGUUCACGUCGAAAAACUGCAAGAACAAAUGGAGGAACUGAUGUAUCUGACGGAAGAAGUGGCAGGUCAUCAACCUCAAGUAGAGUCUGUUGUCGACACUGGUCUGGAGCUUAUGCGACACAUCACCAACGAGGAAGCUCUGCAACUCAAAGAAAAACUCGAUUCAGUUCAGCGUCGUUACACCGAUUUGACCGGAAGAGCCGAUGAUUUGUUGAAACAUGCUCAAGAAACUCUACCACUUGUCGAGCAAUUCCAUUCAUCGCACAAUGGCCUCGCCAAUUGGCUCUUGGAUGCUGAAGACCGUCUGCAAGCCCUGGAUUCUUCGUCGGCGGCUUCAGGAGGAAGCGCUGGAUUAGAUGUUCAGGAAAGUAUUAUCGCUCGCUUAGAAAACGAAUUGGCCGAGGUCAGACCUUUCUUGGAUACGGUCAAUCAAAGUGGACCUCAACUCUGCCAGAGAUGCCCAGGUGAGGGUUCUGCUUAUAUCGAGUCAUUGAUCACUCGCGACAACCGUCGCUUCGAUGCUAUUUGCGAACAGAUCCAGCGAAAGGCUGAGAGAUUGCAUUUAUCAAAGCAACGUUCGAUGGAAGUAGUGGGUGAUCUUGACGAGCUGCUGGACUGGUUCCACGAAACUGAACAGCAGUUGCGCGAAGCCGAUCCUCCCAGUUCCGACCCAGAAGUCAUUCGCGUUCAGCUCAAAGAACACAAAGUCAUCGGUGAUGAAAUUUCCACCCAAAAGGGACGUGUACGAGACAUUCUCUCAGCAGCCCAAAAAGUACUUCGUGAAUCACCUCAAACCGAAGAUUCUGGUUUCAUCAGAGAAAAGAUGGAAGAUCUUAAGGAAACAAGGGAUCGCGUCUCGGAAUUGAGUGCAGACCGUUUGAGCAUCCUGGAACAAGCCCUGCCACUAGCAGAGCAUUUCUAUGAGGCUCAUUCUGAUCUUUCCAACUGGUUAGGAGAAAUAGAAGAGGCGUUGGCCAAUCUGGAUGAUCCAGCGAUUCGCCCCGAACAGAUUGUUCGUCAGCAAGAAGGCAACAAACUUCUCAUGGCCGAAGUUGCCGAGCACAAACCUCUAUUUGACAAACUGAAUAAGACGGGAACAACUCUAGCCAAGUUGUGCAUCGAGGAGGAAGGCGUCAAGGUCCACGACAUCCUUGAAUCGGACAACUCCAGGUACGCUGCUUUGCGAUCGGGUCUACGAGAACGCCAACAGGCACUUGAGGAGGCCUUGCAAGAGACGAGUCAAUUCUCUGACAAACUGGACGGCAUGCUCGCCGCCUUGGCCAAUGCUUUCGAACAAGUGAAAUCUGCCGAACCCGUCUCUGCCCAUCCUGAUAAGAUCCAGGAGCAGAUGCAAGAGAAUCAGUCUGUUGUCGAAGACUUGGAGAAGAGAGAAUCGGCCUUUGAGGCAGUGAAACGAGCUGCUGAUGAAGUGAUUGUGAAAAAUCCUUCAGAUCCGGCCGUUAAAGACAUCGAGGGCAAGCUGAAGAAAUUGUCCAAGCUAUGGGACACGGUUGUGUCUGCUACCGGAGAGCGCGGCAAAUCUCUGGAAGAAGCUCUGGCCGUUGCCGAGCGCUUCUGGGAAGAAUUGCAAGCUGUUAUGACGGCUCUGAAGGAACUGCAGGAAACUUUGGUUACUCAAGAACCACCUGCCGUCGAGCCAGCUAAGAUUCAUCAGCAACAAGCCACCUUACAAGACAUUAAGACCGAUAUUGAGCAUACUAAACCUGAAGUAGAACACUGCCGCCAAGUUGGACAAGAGCUCAUUAACUUGUGUGGAGAACCCGACAAGCCGGAAGUCAAGAAACACAUUGAAGAGUUGGAUUCUGCAUGGGAUAACAUCACAGCCUUGUAUGCAAAACGAGAGGAGAACCUAAUCGAUGCCAUGGAAAAAGCCAUGGAAUACCAUGACACUCUCAACAGCCUAAUUGAGUUCUUGGAGAAAGCGGAGAAAAAAUUCCAUGGUAUGCGACCUCUCGGAACUGAUAUCGAGACUGUAAAAGAACAAAUUGAGCAACUCAAGGCGUUCAAAGCUGAAGUUGAUCCUCAAAUGGUCAAAGUGGAAACACUUAAUAGGAGUUUACACAGGCAAGCUGCUGAUCUCGCAGAUCGUACUUCACCCGAUCAGGCGGCCCGUUUGAAGGAGCCCUUAGCCAAAGUGAACAGGCGUUGGGAAGAUCUUUUGCGCGGAGUUGUCGACAGACAACGUGAAUUGGAGCACGCUCUGUUGCGUCUAGGACAGUUUCAACAUGCUCUCAAUGAACUGCUGGUUUGGAUCCAACGAACCGACAGCACUCUGGAUGAAUUGAAACCCGUUUUUGGAGAUCCGAGUGUCAUUGAAGUUGAAUUGGCUAAGUUGAAGGUGCUGAUCAAUGACAUCCAGGCUCAUCAAACCAGUGUUGACACGUUGAACGACGCUGGUCGGCAGUUGGUUGAAACUGACAAGGGCUCGGAUGAUUCCAACAAAACUCAACAACGUUUAGUGCUGCUCAAUAAAAAGUGGGGUGAUCUGGUUGAAAAGGCUUCCAACCGUCAAAAAGAACUGGAAGAUGCCCUGCGGGAGGCUCAGCAAUUCACUGCUGAAAUUCAAGACCUGUUGUUGUGGCUCAACGAUAUUGAUGGUGCUUUGUCCAUGUCGAAACCGGUGGGUGGUCUACCCGAGACGGCAUCGGACCAACUUCAACGUUUUAUGGAAGUCUACCACGAGCUGGAAAAGAACCGGCCGUUGGUCGAAAGCUGCCUACAACGCGGUGCUGAUUACCUGAAGCGUUCAACCGAUGGAGCCGCUUCCUCGUUGCAGCAUAAUCUGAGAACACUGAAGCAACGUUGGGACAACGUGAUGAACCGAGCUAACGACAAGAAAAUCAAGUUGGAGAUCGCGCUCAAGGAGGCUACCGAGUUCCACGAUGCCCUUCAAGCUUUCAUUGACUGGCUGACUAACGCUGAGAAAACUUUGGGUGGCCUCAAACCUGCCUCACGUGUUAUGGAGACCGUCCUCUCCCAAAUUGAGGAGCACAAAACCUUCCAAAAAGACAUUGCGGCUCAACGCGAGGUGAUGCUCAGCUUGGACAAGAAGGGAACCCACCUGAAAUACUUCAGCCAGAAGCAGGAUGUUAUCCUGAUUAAGAAUCUGCUCAUCAGCGUUCAACACCGCUGGGAGCGUGUUCUGUCAAGAGCCGCCGAACGAACUAGAGCACUCGAUCAUGCGUACAAGGAGGCCAAGGAGUACCACGAUUCGUGGCACGAACUAUAUUCAUGGCUGGACGAAGCUGAAAAAGGAUUUGACGAUGCUGUUCUGCAACUGGGAAAAGACCCCGAGAAAAUCAAGCAGCUGUUGGCCAAACACAAGGAGUUUCAACGAACUCUUGGUGCAAAACAACCUACUUAUGACGGCGUCGUGCGACUCGGUAAACUCGUCAAGGAUCGUGCUCCGAAGACAGAUGAGCCCACCUUGAAGCAGAUGAUGUCUGACCUGAAGGCCAAGUGGCAAUCUGUUUGCAACAAGUCAGUUGAUCGCCAGAGGAAGCUCGAAGAAGGAUUGCUUUUCUCUGGGCAAUUCAAGGACGCCAUUCAGGCGUUGGUCGACUGGCUGUGCAAAACGGAUCCGGCUCAAAUGAUGGAAGGUCCCGUUCAUGGAGAUUUAGAUACGGUGAUGGCGCUGCGUGAACAGCACAAGAACUUUGAAGAAGAGCUUCAUAGCCGAUUAGCUCAGACCAAACAGGUCCGAAAAAUGGCCGUGGAUGUUAUGUCAAAUGCCAGUGAAGAGGACAGAGCAGCCAUUCAAAAGCAAGUAUCCGAAUUGGAUGUCACCUGGGAAAAUGUUUCCAAAGCUUCAAACACCAGAUCUGCUCGCCUGGAUGAUGCUUUAGCCCAAGCGGAAACUUUGCACAAAGCAGUCAACAUGCUUCUAGAAUGGCUCUCGGAUGCUGAAAUGAAACUACGAUUCGCUGGCGCUCUACCCGAUGAAGAACCAGAAACAUUGCAACAGUUGGCAGACCAUCAUAAGUUUUUGGAAGAGGUGAUCAAGAAAGAGGCUGACAAAGACGAUACCUUGGCAUUGGCUCAAGACAUCCUUGGCAAGGCCCAUCCCGAUGCUGUCUCUGUUAUCCGUCAUUGGAUUACCAUCAUUCAAUCUCGAUGGGAAGAAGUCAUGGCAUGGGCUAACCAGCGUGAACACCGUCUUAACGAACACCUUCGCAAUUUGCGUGAGAUGGCCUCCAUUCUGGAAGAGCUUCUCGCUUGGCUGUCCACUGCUGAGAAGACUCUGAUUACUCUGGAAGCCGAAACCUUACCUGAUGAUCUACCUAUCAUCGAAGGUUUGAUCAAGGAUCACCAAGAAUUUAUGGAGGACAUGGCUAAACGACAGCCCGAAGUGGAUCGCGUGUGUAAAACCAAGCAACCACCUCGAAAUAAUCAGCCAGGCAAAAUCGAGCGUAAACCAUCUCGCAACAAGUCGACAACUUCAGUGCCUGAUCGAGAAUUCAGCCAGAGUCCGACCCGGGAAUCAUCACCGGAACACGAUACUCCUGCGCGCCGUCCCAGCCGUGUAACACCUGACCGAGAAAAUUCGCUAAUACCCCGUCUAGUCCGACCCAGCUACAAACCGCAAUCGCGAGAGUCGACUCCUGGACCACAACAACAAAGUCGAAAGCCAAGUCAAGCGACUUCACCGAGUCCAGCACGAGAUGGUUCUCCUUCACGUGACUAUCCUAAACCUUGGAUGGUUGGAGCAAGUCGUAGCAGCCCUGGACGUGAAAAGACCCCAGAUAACUACUGGCCACAUAUAGGUCCGCGCUUUGCUCCCUCUGUUACUCCAGUUACUGGAAACAGUCGCAAAGGAAGCAAGGUGAGCGUAGAAGUGUUGCCGCGCAAUCCUCGCGCGCGCCAACUCUGGGAUCGCUGGCGUAACGUAUGGAUGAUGGCCUGGGACCGCCAGCGCCGUCUCCAAGACAAACUGAAUUACUUGCAAGAGCUGGAGAAGGUCAAAAACUUCAGCUGGGACGACUGGAGACGCAGAUUCAUGAAAUACAUGAAUAACAAGAAGUCACGAGUGACUGACCUGUUCCGCAAAAUGGACAAGAAUAAUGAAGGAUUUAUUCCUCGCGAAGAUUUUAUCGAUGGAAUCAUGAAGACCAAGUUCCCUACCAGCCGUAUGGAGAUGAAUGCUGUGGCCAACAUGUUUGACCGCAACAAUGAAGGCUAUAUCGACUGGAAGGAAUUUUUGGCCGCCUUGCGACCCGACUGGGAGGAGCGCCCAACUACCGAGGACGAAAUCAUUCACGAUGAAGUGAAACGCGCAGUAAACCAAUGUACAUGUCGCAAUCGGUUCAAGGUUCACCAGGUUGGCGAAGGACAGUAUCGGUUCGGUGACAGCCAGAAACUUCGUCUGGUCCGCAUUUUGCGCUCAACUGUUAUGGUGCGUGUCGGCGGUGGAUGGGUGGCACUUGAUGAAUUCCUCGUCAAAAACGAUCCUUGCCGUGUUGUUAUCAUUCCCCAUCUCAGAGUAAGAACACCUGGCGAGCACGAGUUCUGGUGCCCUUUCUUUUCCAAAGGUAGGACCAACCUCGAGCUCCGCGAGCAGUUUAUCCUGCCCGAAGGCGCUUCGCAGGGAAUGACACCGUUCAAGCCCAGAGCGAGCCCCAACAGCUCCGUGUCUAGCCAGCCUGGAACCGGCCAAAUGGUCGUCUCGCCCCUUCAUGCACGAUCACCCUCUCUUCCUACCGCAGGGCCCAUCACCAAGGUCCGCGAGAGGACGGUACGCAGUUCACCAAUGCGUCCAUCGUUCUCUGCUGGAACACCAGACAGCUCCGUCAGCGAAAGCGAUGGCUCGUUCCACUUGCACGGUGGCCGCAAGGCCUCCGCUCCUCCGAGGACAAUGACGUCUGGAGGCGGAAGUCAUUCUGGAAGUCGGCCCGCUAGCCGCAAUGCGGAUUCAAAACACGGAUCCAUUCAAUCUCUCGACAGUUACGACGGUGGAUACGCGCAAAAAACACCCACAGGGAUCCGCCGUACUCCUAGUUUCCAACGUCCGGAUUCUGCUGCUCGCCAUCAACCAGGUUCAUCCAGCACUUUGCCUCGCAAGAGAUCGACUAUUCCGUCACCGGUGGAAACGCGCGCUCGUCAUCCAAGCUCAUCAAGCGCAUCGGGCAUGUCGCCCAGUCCAUCUGGGGGUCUCAAUGGAGGUGCCAUCAGCGCUGCCAGCCGAUCAAGGAUAUUACGAACUGCGUCCGCCUCGAAUAUCCCUGUAUUAACGUCAACGCCGUCUAGAUCGAGGAUUCCAAUUUAUGUGGGAGUUGACAGUGAAGAUGGGACUAGAGCUCGCCAUUCGAUCACGGCUAGUCAUCGAUCCUCGCUAUCUACUAGCCGGCCAGUGUCUCGGACCCCUUCCACGUCAAACAUUCCUGUAUUAACAACCCCCUCUCAAAGGGGUCGCACUGCCUCUGGUUCGAGUGGUACCGGCAUUCCGGGCACUCCCGGAACGAUGAGACGAGAAGGAACCUCUGACUCGAUGUCUGGCAUUGCACGCAAAGUAACCAGCACUGGUAUCCGCAAACCUUCCGGCACGCCUACAUCUCGACCCAGCCCCAAGUAAACUUGAAAGGAUAAACGUGAAGAUCCGUCCAGUGGUAAAAUCCAACCAAUCGGGAGAUUUCAGUUGAAUUCCAGCUAAUAAUUUGAAAUACUUGGGAUUUUUGUUACUGCAAAGGAAGAGCAUCUCUGUUUGUUCGAUUUUUAUUAUUUUUUGUUUUGUUUUUCGUCUUGUUCAUUUUUUUUUAUGUUGACAUUAAUCCGUUCCCUGCCACUUUCUUCCGCCGAAGUUAUGUUAGCGCUUUCGUUCGCAGUUGGAUUUACUACUUCUCACUAACUCUGUUUUAAAAAAUCUUAAAAUCCCAUCUUAAAAACGCCCCGCAAUGUUACUCGCGAAUUUAUAUAGCAAUGAUAACUAGAAACAGGGCAAAUUCGUGACUUUAUGGUUCGCCUAAAAAAAAAAUGACGGAGCGCGACGCUCAUCCGCUGAUUUACGUUUAAGGAAUGCGUCGAACGGAGGAAAUUGACGGUUCGGGGGUAAAUUUGAGCACAAUUCUACAUCUUUUGUGUUCACGAUUCGGACAAUUUUUUUCCGUUUUACGCUAUUCUUUUUGUCGCUUUUGAUGAGAUAAAGUUUAUGGUCGCAAUUUUUUUAAUAGCAAUUUCUCCGAAAGAAUGUACAUAACGUGCUCUCUCGAUAAAUUUUACACUCUGAAGCACGGUGUUGGGGUUGACGAUGUAAAAUGCUAUAGAAAGAGGGUAUAACACGAUGGCUAACCUCGAAAUAUCAUAUUAAUGAAAAUCCAUUCAGUUAGUUUUAUGCUGUCAUCUUAUGUCCAGUUUUUGCAAAAUUAUAGUGAUAAUAAAUUAACCCUGUGGCUUAUAA